GCAGGUGACGUCGCGCUCUCUCACUUUUUUUGCGUGCGUCCUCUCUUCCACUCUCCAACACUUUUCACGCGUAUAUACGUGUGUCUUGAAGUCAAUUGAGGCCAAUUGGUUGCUCUGAACAAGGCAAGAUGCGUUUCUCUGCUCUGCUCGCCGUUGCUGGCAUUGCUGGCUCGGUGGCUGCUAGAAGCCCGCUCCAUGUGGGCAAGAUGAUGCAGGACCGCUCGCCAGCGCGUCCGAGGUUUGGGUUCCCUAAGAACCCGACUGAGGGAAGUAAGGUGGAGAAGAGGGCUACUAUCCUGCCGCAGAAUGCGAAUACUACCAAGUAUGCCGUUGAUGGAACUGCUCUCCCGGACGUCGACUUCGACAUCGGCGAGUCCUACGCCGGUCUCAUCCCCGUCUCCUCAGCUGCCAAUGCCUCCGAGCUCUACUUCUGGUACUUUCCCUCUUCGAACCCGCUCGCGGAGGACGAGAUCACUAUCUGGCUGAACGGCGGCCCCGGCUGCUCCUCCCUUGAGGGCUUCCUGCAAGAGAACGGCCCCGUGCUCUGGCAAUAUGGCACCUUCAAGCCUGUUAAGAAUCCAUGGACCUGGGUCAAUCUGACCAACAUGGUCUGGGUCGAACAACCCGUCGGCACUGGAUUCUCCCAGGGCACUCCCACUGCUACCAACGAAGAGGAGGCUGCCGCUCAGUUCCUCGGAUUCUUCAAGAACUUCGUCGAUACUUUCGGUCUGCAGAACAAGAAGAUCUACAUCUCGGGCGAGAGCUAUGCUGGCUACUACGUUCCGUAUAUCGCGGACGCCAUGUUCAACAAGAAGGACAAGACGCACUACGAUAUCCAGUCGAUCAUGAUCUACGACCCUAGUACCAGCUACGACGUUGUGCAGCAGCAGAUCCCCGCCGUCCCUUUUGUCGACUCCUGGGCGCCCCUCUUCAACCUCAACAAGACCUUCACCGCCGACAUCCACAAACGCGCCAAAAAGUGCGGCUACACCGACUUCCUCAACCAAGCCCUCGUCUUCCCGCCCAAGCACCACCCGCUCCCGUCCCCUCCCUCGGCCUCGGCCCCCGGCUGCGACCUCUGGGACGACAUCCUCAACGCUGUGCUCCUGACCAACCCGUGCUUCGACAUCUACGCCAUCGCCACCACCUGCCCGCUCCUGUGGGACGUCCUCGGCUUCCCCGGCUCGAUCCCCUACCAGCCCGACGGCGCCACCAUCUACUUCAACCGCACCGACGUGCAAAAAGCCAUCAACGCGCCCAUCCAAGAAUGGGAAGAGUGCUCCAACGGCGUGCUCGACACCGACACGUCGCCGCCCUCGGGCCUGUCGGUCCUGCCCAAAGUCAUCGAGCGCACCAAGCGCACCGUCAUCGUGCACGGCGAGCUCGACUACAUCCUCAUCGCCAACGGCACGCUCAUGAUGAUCCAGAACAUGACGUGGCACGGCAAGCAGGGCUUCCAGCAGAAGCCCGCCGACGAGUUCUUCGUGCCGUACCAUGAGGAGGCGAGCCUGGCGACCAUGGCCGCGAGCGGGAUUAUGGGGACCACGCAUACGGAGCGCGGGCUGACGUGGGUGGAGACGCGGUUGAGCGGGCAUAUGGUGCCGCAGUAUCAGCCGAGUGCGGCGUAUAGGCAGUUGGAGUUCUUGCUGGGGCGGAUCGACUCGCUGACGCAGGAGGGGAGCUUUACGACGCAGCCCGGGGGGCAUUAUGGGGGGAAGGAGAGGAGGGCGAUAGAGGCGGAAGCUUAGAGGAGUGGCGAGUAGGAGAGGGAAGAAGGGGCGCGGCUUAAUGUGUAAACUCUAGUCCAUGAACAACGAAGACAAAAAUCAAAGAUAUGAUCCUAACUGAUGAUGAGCUCUUGCAAAGCUUACGAGUUUUAACUGUCUGCCAGCUCUAGAUGUUCGAGAGGGGACACUAUCUCGUGGAGAAGAUUUUGAAUCGCGUGCGUACCCCUUGGAUGUACUCUCCUCUUUCCCUCAUUACUGG